UCCGUAAUGCCAGGCCUUUAGGGUCCGAUGAUCCCAAACAGGAUAGCACUAAUUUCAAAGAUAAAGGGUUGACUUGAAGCGAGUACCGGUAGUAUAUCGGUCUAUUCAGCGAAUUCAAAUCAAAACACCACGAAUGUUAGGCUAUGAAGACUCUGGCUGAUUUAGUAAGUCUCCACUUUUACUCGCACACCGGAAGGAUCCCAGUUCUUAAACCCUGAAGAGUCACCAUUGAGCCGAUGCCACCAACACGUCUGUGUGUGUGUGUCAGCAAAUCUCUUCAGUCGAAUGUGACAAGUGACAUCGUUGAGAUUAUAGAUCUUGAAAACACUGGAUAAAAGCUACAGUUCAAGAGAUUGAGGACCAAAACAAUCUGAACAACAAAACCAACAGUGAUGGCUGCAGAGAAUAACUUCCCUCCAAUACCGGGGUUCAUCCCCCUGCAGCCAUGUUUCUACCAGAACUUUGAUGAGGAGAUCCCUGAACAGCAUCGCACCAUGUGCAAGAGACUCUACCACCUGUGGAUCUUGCAUGCAAUCACCCUGGCUGUGAAUCUGGUGGGCUGCUUUGUGUGGAUGCUGGGUGGAGGGGGCGUGACUAAUUUUGGCAUGGCCAUCAUAUGGUUGAUUCUCUUCACCCCCUGUUCCUAUGCGUGCUGGUUCAGGCCCAUCUACAAGGCCUUCAAGACUGACAGCUCGUUCAACUUCAUGGCGUUCUUCUUUGUGUUCAUGGCCCAGGUGGGCAUCAGUAUUAUCCAGUGCAUAGGGAUCCCAGGCUGGGGAAACUGCGGCUGGCUGGCCACCAUCUCUUUCUUCAGCUACAACCUUUGGAUCGCCUUGCUGAUGCUCAUCCCCACCCUCUUUUUCACUGCCACGGCAACGCUGUCCUUCAUUGCCCUCACCAAGGUCCAUAACUUCUACCGUGGCAGCGGGGGCAGCAUAGGCAAGGCCCAGGAGGAGUGGACCACAGGGGCCUGGAAGAACCCCCACAUCCAGCAGGCAGCGCAGCAGGCAGCUAUGGGAGCCGCCACGGGGGCCAUGAUCCCGGACCAGCAGUACUCCAGCAACACCCCACAGUACAAUGACAACCAGAUGUAGGGGAUAAAGUGGAGGGAGGGAAGCAUGUCAAAACAUGAGCAGGAGUUUGGUAUCUGUUUAUCCCAUCCCCAAAAAGUGUGUCUUUAUCACAACAGCUCUUUCUAAAGGGCAGGGGUCUUCAACCUUUUUAUGCCCAGGGACCCUCUCCCAGGCAAACCGGCAACCCAGGGACCCCAUCAUACGUUAGCAAUUUGUUUUCUUCUCACUUGUCUUGUCUUAGCAUCUAGUGAAUGAUAAUGUCAAGGAGAAGUAAUCAACAUUUAAAAAAUGAAUAGAUUUGGUAGAUCGUUUUUCAUUAUUGUAAUUGGGAAAGGAAGUGUAAACUCUAACGUAGCCUAUUAGCUUGAAAGGUAACUCCAAACACAUUUUCACUAAGAACUGCUGUUUAGCUGGCUACACAAAGGUUAGCCAUAUGUUAGUAAAAAUGUUUGUCUAAGUCAAGAAAGCUUACCAGCAGCCAGCAACACUUGACACACUGGUAGCCUAUGUCAGAUAUUCCGGUGAGUGUAAUUGGCUCCAAUAAGUGUAAUUUGCUUAAUAUUAGGAGUUAAGAAAUAAUGUUGACAUCAUUAGAAAGAAGACAUUCUCCUCUUUUCUACUGUAAUCAUUUAUUCUGUUGUUGCUAGCGAUAUACCCCUGCUAUAGGGUACUACACUACACUACCACACUAUACCAGUUGACUCUGAACACCCAUAACGAAAGACAUUUCAUGUUCUCAGCAUCUACACUCAAUUACAGUAUCUGGUUUCUACUGCGUGAUGUCAUAUUUCUGUUUCCGCUGCUUUGUUUUGACACGUCACAUCAACGAUGUGUCCCUAUCUUAUGUCACUGUGUUAGCAGGGCCCUGUGGCCACAUGCACACAGCACCAACUCUGCUUGUCAGAGCUCAUUCGGAUCACCCACUAUCCUCUCCUAGAUGGUCUUCGGUUUUGGUUUUUGGUAGCCUCCUCCUGCUCAUGACUUGUAAAGUCAUGCUCAUGAUAUAGUAUUUCAAUUAUAGAUGAGUUUUUUUACAGUAAGUUACUGGACUCUAGGUUUUGCCGUGAAUAAAUGUAGUCACUGGCUGUAGGAAGAGAGCCAUGUAAGACUGUGUUUGAGUGCAGUACUAUGAACUUUUUUUUUUAUCUAAUGAAAUUUCAAAGCGGAUAAAAACGUUUUAUUACAGAAUGUAGCACUGAGAUAACUUUAAUAUUUUACCAGGGGUGUUUAUGUACAGUAGGAGAUAGCUUACUUGGUAAUAACUAUGUAUUUUAAGAAUGAAUUACUUUGUAUACUAGUGAAUGCCAGCUGAUUGAACAAAAAGGACUCUCCUCUGAACCAUCAGGUUGCUUUGUGAUUCUCAGGUAAAGCAAAGCUAUAAACACUGGACACAUACUGUGAACCUUUUCCCUGUACGUCCAUGUGUAUAUUUUUGAUAGCUUAUAUAAUAUGUAUUUAAAAUGAAACCAUAAUCCUGUUGCCUCAGGGGUAUUAGUUUAAUUUGAUUCAUUCUGUAACUUGAACAAGGUAUUACUGUGAGCUAAAUGAGGCCAGUAUGUACUGUAGUUACAUUACAUAGAGAUGUGUAGAAAAGUACGCUCUUAUCUCUUACUUAUAACUUAUUAUAACCCUUUAAACUUUAUAUUAGAGCAGCACUCAACUACUGAAUGUGUGAACGUCCUCAAAAUGUCAGUAUCCCACAUUUUCCUACUGACAUCUGAAUUUUGAUACUCCUGUUUUGAUCAUAUUCGUAGUAUGCACUACCUUUGAUUUAAUACUGAGGAGGUAGCGAGAUUUGGAAGUCCACUUCCUUUGAGUUUGGCCUGGACGUUGGUGUUGGUGUCCCUGGGGCUCACUGUCUACGCUGAUAUCUUUCAUCAGGCUAGCUCAGAGGCUGUUUUAAAGAGCUUCAAUGGAGAGAUAACUGUGUGCUACCAGCUCCUAGGCCUGAGCUGAAAGACUACAGGCCAGUCGCAUUUUCAUUAUCCACAGUCAUGGAAAUGGGACUUUCUUCUGAAAGUCUGAGAAGUAAUGAAUGAAGUAAUGAAUGAAGUAAUGAAUGCGUACCAAAACACAGAACUCUUUUUAGGGGACUAUUGUACAAAAUGUCUUUAGAAGAAGGCUCUCCAAGCCUGUUCCUGGAGAGCGCUACCGUUUUUGCUCCAAUCCUAAUCUAGCACACCCGAUUCUAAUAAUUAGCUGGUUGAUCAUCUGAAUCAAGUCAAUUGCAACUGGGGUUGGAAGGAACACCUACAGGAGGGUAUCUCCAGGAACAGGGUUGGAGAGCUCUGCUUUAGAUAGACAUGUAACAUCUAAUGUAAAUUAAUGAAUGUGAGCUAUAAAUUAAUUGCUAGGAUUUCUCAUUGUGUUUUGUAUUGAAUGUCUACAUGUCUUAGAGGGUGCUCUUUUUUAAACGUGUGUAGUUAACGUCUUGUCUAGGGUUGACAAUGUUAGACAGCAACGUUGCAUUGUAUGUCUUGUUGUACGAUUGUUUGACCACAGAGGGGCGCCGAUGGUUCCUUUUAUUUGUGUGAGAGAAAAUCCCUGAUAUACAAGCUGCCUGCACUCAGUCGUCUGUCUAUUCAUACAGUAGACUUUAGGUCUAUAGCUUAGUCAGUAUUCAGUCAACAGCUCAAUGGUUCCUGCUGUUCCCAGGUAGUAGCUACAUGUGACCAGGAAGGAAGGGAGAGAUAGAGCCUUACAUCUAAGUGGGCUCCAGUCAGCCUCAGCCUGGCUCAUACUGCUCUCCUGCCACCUCUCUCUCUCUCACAGGGGCAGACGGCUGAGCAGGCGGUCCCCGUGAACACAUUACAGUGUGCUUUACGCUGUAGGGGAAAGAGAGACAUUUAUGGCACGUUAUGGGUGCCACUUUCUCUGGGUUAGUAGGGGUUUGAAAAUGACCUAAAUGGGCUCGUAUUGAGGGAAGGAGAGAGAGAGAGCAGUAGAAAAACAGUGUUUCCCUGGUUAGUUCAUGUUCUAGCUAGAUCACUAACCUGGCCUAAUCUAUAUAUCCCAAGGCCUCUUAACCCCUCAAGUAGCUGUAUUCAACAUUAUUACAGUAUGCACAUUACUUUAGAGAAAUCUCCCAAACCUAUACUUCUUUUCUCUCCUACAUCUAAAAGGAAUCAGCUAUGUGUAGGAACUGUGGUGUAAGCUAUGCAGAUAACCCUUGACUAUGGAAGGGAUGUGUUUGUAAGUACAUUUGUUUGGGCUUAGAUUAGCCUGCGACUGAUGUAAAGGUGUGUAGAGCACUGUUACCUUAAACUGUGAUAUAAUCAGUAUUCAAUAAGCUCCAUCUCUGCAGUAAUCAAGCAGAAGCAUUGACCAAAGUUUUCCCCUGGUACACAUUCAUGUGCAACCACCACAGCUCAUACAGGACCAGCUGUUGCUUCUUUGUCAUGUCCAUGUCAUUAAAUGUGUGGGAGAUCAUUGUACCAGUGGGAUAUCCUCCUUAUGCUGAUCAUGUGAGAUUGUGUGGUCAUCUCGGAGAGACAACUAGACAGUAUUCUGAAGCACAGUUAGAAGGGGACUUUUAUUCUAAAGUGUAAUUGUUACGUACAUUUAAAAAUGUUGUCUUGUCAUUUUAUGUUUUGAUUUCCCUUACGGACAUUAAACAAACUCUAUUCCAUUUUACGCCAUGAA